GAAGAUGGCGUCCCCCAGAAGGAACCUGGCUCAGGUACAAGCCUGGAUUGGGACGUCCCACGGCAUCACUGACCUGAGCCAAAAAAUUAGCUUCUACGACCAGUGGGCUUCCGAUUACGAUCAGGAUGUGGGCACCCUGGAUUACCAAGCUCCCCGCCUGGCUGUUGACUGCCUGGCCUCAGCCUUCCUCUCCUCUCCCCAAGAGGCCCUGCUCCUAGAUGUGGCCUGUGGUACUGGGCUGGUGGCUGUUGAGCUACAGAAACGGGGAUUCUGCCACCUGCAUGGAGUAGAGGGCAGCAAAAGUAUGCUAGAGGUGGCCAAGAACCGAGGCUUGUACCAACAGCUGAGCCUCUGUAUUCUGGGCCCAGAGCCCCUGCCUGGCCCUUCAGAUCACUACGAUGCCGUGACGGUUGUUGGGGCCCUCAGUGAUGGGCAGAUUCCUUGCAGUGCAGUGCCGGAGCUCCUUCGAGUCACUAAGCCAG